GCACUCCCUCCUGUGUGCACGAAUGCGCGUCUCCGCGUCCUGGGGUGGCGUGCGCGCGCGCGGCACUUGUGGGGGCGGAGAGUUCGCUGCGGAUCUCCCUCUUUUAGGAGUAUGAAACUCGAUCCCGGAUCAUCCCGUCGCGCCGGUAGGGUCCCAUAUAAAACAGUCGUGCGAUUACGGAGUUAGACGAAAGAGACCGUGAGAAUAAUAUCAGUGUGAUCGGAGAGUUUGGAGUUCAUUCUUGCGCUAUUCUCACUGAGAUGAGUCGCAGAUCUCCAGAUGUCCCGGAGUUUCAGAAAUGAACUGACAUACAGACGGUGUGCUCCGUUAUUCCUGCACGUUUCCAUGGAGAACAUGAUGCGUCCUGGAAGGAUAGACAGAUAGUGACUGCAUUGCUUGUUUCUGCUCAAUCGAUGAUACUUGAGGGUUUUUUUAACGCAUGAGAAGAAGACUGCAUGGACACCAGCUUCAGAGAGAAUCUGAAUGAUUUGUAUUGAAGUAAAGCUCACUGAUAGGCCUGUAUAUUCUUAAUGAAAGCAUGAGCUCGCUGUUGUUUGGAGAGGGUUUUUUGGGCGGCGCGGUGAGCGCUGCGCCAUCAGACGCGGUGCCCAGAGCGCUGCGCAACGACCUGGGAUCCAACAUCCAUGUCCUUAAGACCCUCAACCUGAGGUUCCGCUGCUUCCUCGCCAAAGUCCAUGAGCUGGAGAGAAGGAACAAACUUCUGGAGAGCCAGCUUAAGCAAGCCUCCAGUCAGCCGAGGUAUCCGGGCUUCUCCUUCACGCGUGAAGUGGCCGUCCAGACUGACUCUCUGGAAUCCAGACUUCCAGGCACCAUCUGGAGUUUUACGCAUAUUUUGAGACACGGGGAGCGCGUAAAGACUGUCCAGGGGCCCGGAGUCACCUGGACCCAUCCGGACGGGGUUGGGGUCCAAAUCGACACCAUCACCCCAGAACUAAGAGCUUUGUAUAACGUUCUGGCCAAAGUCAAACGGGAGAGGGAUGAGUACAAGAGAAAGUGGGAGGAGGAGCUGUCGAGAAGAGAACAGAUGGAAUCGAUGGUGCAGACGCUACAGGAGAACGUAAAUGAGUCCGAAGCCAUCCAGGACGAGUUGAACGAGAAGGUUGAAAGACUGAAAGCUGAACUAGUGGUCUUUAAGAGCCUCAUGAGCGAUGCUGGCGGGCGACGCUGCUCUAGAGACGUAGAGAACCAGAGGAAAAUCCUGGACCUAAAACAAAUGUCCGACCUCGACACCAAGAUCCAGGAGAAAGCCAUGAAGGUGGACAUGGACAUCUGCAGGAGAAUCGACAUCACAGCCAAACUGUGUGACGUGGCUCAGCAGAGGAACUCAGAGGACAUGUCAAAAAUGUUCAGCCCUUCCAGAGCACCAGCAGACAGGGCAGCUGUUGCAUGCAGAAAGAAGGAGAAGAAGCCGUUAUCGGAUGAGGAAAGCUCCGAGAUGGAUGCUGAUCCUAGCACUUCAGAGGAAGACGUUCCCUUCAACAUCACAGACGAGAUGAAACGCAUGCUCAACCAUCUGCGGGAGACGUUUGAGAUCGAUGAUGACUGUGACAGUCUGACGUGGGAAGAGAACGACGAUACGCUGCUGCUAUGGGAAGAUUUCACCAACUACAAUGUACCCUGCGCCCUUACCAACAGCACCGGCGCUCUCGACUGCAACGGAGACGCUCAUGAAGCGGACGGCAGUCUUGGUAGUCUCAUCGAUGAGACAGAGUCUCUUAUCAAGACCAGAGAGCAGGAAUAUCAGAAGACUAUUGGACAAAUUGAGAUGGAGUUGGCCACAGCUAAGAGUGACAUGAACAGACACCUGCAUGAGUACAUGGAGAUGUGCAGCAUGAAGCGAGGGCUGGACGUGCAGAUGGAGACAUGCAGGAGAAUGAUCAAGGGUGGAAGAAAUUCUCCUUCCAUCAGCUCAUCCGCAAGCAGUGACUCAGGGAACACUGACGAGAUACAAGACGAGUCAGACAAGGAUGGAGAGACGGAGGGGCCAAUCAGCUGAUACCUGCCCAGCCUGGCCCCACCCUCUUCCCCCCACCAAGCUCCAAUCAGCUCUCGGGCCACCCAGUAAUCGUCCAAUGGUGUUAUACUAAGGGACAGAGCCCACCCCACAAACCCAAAAUCCUGUAGGUGCUUUAACGUCUCCGUGUCAGAGUGGGGCGGAGUUGAUGAGGGUUGUUUUUGUGCUUCGACAUCAAUAUUGAUGCGUCACACGGUGCCACAGCUCUGCUGGACAACUAUGAAUCGGAUCAGUCCCAGCCAAAAUACAUCACACAAUACACCUGAUCAAACCCAAAUCCAUAUCUUGAUUAGAAACUGGAAAACGUUCACGCAACGUGAAUGAUAAAUAAGACUGAAAGCCAAUCAGACCAAAACUGAAAACACUCCCUUAACAUUUGUGGCUUUUUAUUUUUCUAAAAAACGAUUUCAGAAAUCAACGGUUUACUGCAGAAACAUUUCGGCCUUUUAAGCCCCGAACCCAGUCACGAAUGUGGAACACAGAACAAGCUCACGUUCUAUGCAAUCAGCCUUACUUCGUGAUCUGUGUUUAUGAUUUGCCUUAGUUUGCAGUGCAGGCGAUUUCAUCUGUUCAUGUGUUUUAAAGUGUUGCCCAGGCCUUGGUGGCUCACAAUGUUUACGCACUUAAUGCCAGAAUCUGUGGAACAGUGUCCCAUCAUUUUGAGCAGCUGCCAAUGAUGAUUGAAGCUAUUCCAAGGGUUACACGUUUAAUAUCUCAAAUAUUAAAGAGCUAUGUGCCUAAAUACUGUAUAUAUUGCAGGUUCAUUUUGGAUGGCCUUACUGCAUUUCCACUACUUUUUAUAGUUGCACUCAUUAUAUAUCAUGGGGAACAUUAUUAAAUAUGCUUUGUUGAUUGUAUGGGGACUUUCUUGACUAUUUGACUAUUUAGCCAUUUCUUUGCAAGGCUAAAUAGUCAAGGUGGGGGGUUGAUUGUACCAUAUAUAGACCAUGUCCCAGCUAACAGGGAACGUUCUCUCAAAGUUAUAAACAAAUGUUCUUAAGGUCGCAUUAAUAGAACUUUCAUUUAAAGUUAUAUGGUCUUUAAUAAUGUUCUCAAAACUUUAGCACAAAAACAUUAUUUAUACAUUGUUCAUUCUGAAACAUUUUAAUUGGACGUUCAUCUAACACUUUUAAAUGUUACGAAUUGUCUCAGAAUGUUCAGAGCACACGUUUGCGUAAUGGAAUGUUCCUUUAACGUUUUUAAAACAUUUAAAAAAAACGGGACAUUUAGAAUGUUCAGAGAACAUAUUUUUGUUAGCUGGGGUUGGGUUUAUCUAAAAUUAUACCCAUGCCAUGUCAAUAAAUAUUACGUAGAUUCAAAAGUUACAAAAGCAUAGGAUUAUGUCAAGUUGCAUUGAAGCCCUCAUGAUGGCUGCUGUUCCGUACAGAUUCAGAGUCUGUUUUCAUGGAUAUGGCUUAUAAAGUUUCUGUAUCUAUGAGGUUUAAUGGCCUUUGUGUUUGUCUUGCUUGGUGUCUUUUGGCUCUUUAUAUUUUGCAUUUUAAUCUUGUACGUUCCUGGGUUAAAAAUUGUAUAUUAUUUUAAUUAUAUUAAUCUGAAAUACGGGAAAAUUUGAUGGGUUUAUUAAACUGAUCAGUGAUUUAAUUAUAAGCUCAAAGAUGUAAUUAUAAGAUCAAAAUAUGGUUGCAGAGGGUUUUUAAAAAUAUAUAUUUUGUAGUAAAUAAGUUGGUGGGCAUUGUUUUUGUUUAUUCGUUUUGUUCAAGUUAGCUAAAGAGCUGAUAUCAUAUUUUAUAAAAUCAUCUGUAAGUUUUGCAAUUUAGUUUGUGCAUUUGAUUUACAAACCUAUCAAAGAUUAGAUAAAGCCUGGCUUUUGAAUUUUAUGAAUAUAUAAAAUUCAUGUUUUUAUAUUAUUCAGGGUAUCCAGGGCUAAUUUGGAUGCUUUUGCCUGGAAAAUGAAACGCACUAAGAGUUCUCGCCUUUUAACCUGAAACACUGUUGGUCUAUUUUUUAUUGUUUAUGGUGAGAAUCAAGCUAUUUUUUGUCUUUUCUGAAAUCAUAACAUUGGUCAGAUGCCUUGUCAAAAUCUUUUUAUGAUUUAUGAACGAAGAAAUGGGGAAAUGGCAGCAUCACAAGGUUAAAUGGAAAAAGUGCAUGUUACGUGUUUUCUGAUUUAAUUCCAUUGUUCAUGGUGUUUAUUGAGGAAAAAUGGGAAUCAUCUCUGUAAGUUUCCAAAACAAAAAUAUGAUUUGGAAAAUAUCUUUGUGCUUGAGCUUGAAUGCGGUAUUCGGAAGGAACUUUCUAAUUGAAACUGGAUGAGAAAGUGAUGCUGUCAUGAUGUUUGCUCAUUUUAAGAAAAGCACAAAAUGGCAGCAAAUGUAGGCUGUAGUGAUGGAGUCAUAUUGUGUGAACUUUCAUAAGUGUACACAACACACAAUCAAGUUUGUGUAGCGUUCACGUACUUGCAUAGAGUAUGUUUCGGGCAUUUGUUUUGUCUGCACAUCAAUUUUGCAAGUUCAAGUUAUCAAGUUUUUGUAUGUAAAUGUAUUAGCUUAUCACAUCAAGAUUUGCCUUUAUCACUGAAUGUACAGAAUAUCAGAUGAGCUCAUCAUUAGCUCAUCAACAUGUUAUUUAGUUCAUCAGACACAAGAUAAAACAUUUUUGAUGUUAUCGCUCUGUUGGGUCAUGUUAGCAUUAUUUUACCUCACAGUACAUUACAAACCUUUGACCGUAUGAGGUUAAAUGAGGCUGAAUAUACAAUGAUGUUGCACAAUUACUUUUGAAUUUAAUAUGAAAUUUGUAAUAGAGCAUAAAACACCAGUUCAUUAGACCCCCUUCAGCAAGUGACGCUUUAGUCAUCGUACCAGCAUCAGCGAGUUUUACAGAAAGCCUAUAUGAAAGAUGAUAAUGGCUUUAGCAACAUCUGUGGCCUGCGUCCUUCUCAUAGCACUGUUUCUUAUCUUUUUAUUUUUAUUAUAAUUACUUUGACAUCUGAAAUUAUCAGUAUACGUACAUUAGAACAUUUAUAGGUUGUCUUUGUUAUUUGGUUAUGCUGCAAAUGAGUUUUCCUGGUGUGUGAGCAACUGGUGUAUGUUUCAAAAUAUUGAAUGUAACUGGUGCUGGGGUCAAAAAAUAAACGUAAUUGAUUUA